AUGGUCACCACCGAUGCAGCUGCGGCGGAGUUACUGGUGGGGGCUGGAUUGGGAGAUUUGUUAACGUUUCGAUCACCACUGCCCAUGGUGAUUCUCUUCACCGUCUUCCUUUACCUCUCGAUAUCCGGUCUCACAUUCUAUCAUAUCUACCUUAGCUGCCGUCAAAUUUCUACCCAUGAAGAUAUUCGACACUUUCCUAAGACACUGCGUCAAACGGGUCGAAAGAACCCCUUCUCCAAGGGCAACGGCCUUGUCAAUAUGCUCAGUGUGUUGUGUGGUCCUGCUCCACCGAGUGCUCUGAAGGCGUGGAAGUUAGUCGAUCCAGAUGACGUUCGGCCUCCGGAUUAUUCCAUGCUGUCAUCGUCGUCGCAGCAUCCACGCUCCGAUGAAGAUUUCGUAGUGCCCCACAAGCAGUCAGUCGCCAUUCGACCCCUGCGUUUUGACUCCAAUAGCCAGCAUGGAGAGGAUGAUUGGAGAAACAGGAUUGGUGGUUACCCUCGACAAACUCCAAGCACUACUACCGCUAUUAUUAACCUCAAUUCUGUGACCUCCCAAAACAACGUCAUACCAGAACCACAAUCGCAGUCGUCAUCGUCAUCGACGAAGCCGCCUAAAAAGCUGAGGAAAGUCGUGUUGGCAGAUGAGUUGGACGAACACGGUGAUCGAAUACCGAACACGGGAUUCGCUGGACGCUCCAUCGUCUCGGCGAUAACGAUGCUACCCCACCGUGUCCCGUCCUCAUUCGCAGGCUCAAUUGACCAGCCUGACAAUUGA